GCGAGGCUGCUGGCACGGGAUGUCAAUUUCUCGUCUCCUCAAACGCUUCUUCGGCCGAGAAGAAUCUCGAGCUCUUUUCCUCGGUUUGGAUGCUAGCGGACGAACAAGUUUUCUUUACAAAAUCGUGCUCGGCGAGGUUGUAACGACCAUUCCAACUAUCGGCUUCAACGUGGAAACUUUUAGUCACAACGGCUUGUCUAUUACGGCAUGGGACGUUGGAGGUUGUGAUAAAAUCAGACCACUCUGGAGGCAUUACUUCCAAAAUACGGACCUUGUCGUGUUUUUUGUUGACAGCAAUGACAGGGAUCGUUUGAAUGAGGUUGAGUGGAGUCUAGGUCUGCUGCUGACAGAAGACGAACUGCGAGACAUUCCCAUUCUCGUUCUUGCUACGAAACAAGAUCUACCAAACGUAAUGGGAACAGACGACAUUACUAAAGCUUUAUCACUGGACAAAUUGCUGAAAGGUCGUGAUUGGACAAUACUACCAUCUUCUUCACUUGAAGUACAUAGUCUAACAGCAGCUCUUGAUUGGCUUGUAGCAGCAAUAAGAAAGAGUCGAGCUCAGAGUAAGCCUAAGAAAGUUGUCGACGUCAAGGGAUUAGCGAAAGAGAAAAGUUUGCUGGAGCAGUGGCUAGAAGUAGAAGAUGAGCCAGAUGAUGAGUUUCUUGAGAAGCUCACUAAUUACACUCUGGACAGCUGGGACCACCGAACUCACUUACGUUUGGGCUGGCUCUAUCUCAAACGGCAUGGGCGUCGUGAAGGAAUGAAGCUUAUCUUUACGGGGAUACAGAAUUUUAUUGCCAACAGUCCGCGAGCUAGAAAAACAACAUUUCACGAAACAAUGACAUAUUUCUGGACGCAUAUGAUUCACUAUGCGAUGGAAGCAACAAAGAAUCCAAGUGGAGACUUCAAAGGGUUUCUCCUGAUGAACCCUCAGUUGUCCGAUGGCGGCCUAUUCUUAGAAUAUUACAACAAAGAGACAAUGUUGAACAACCAAGAAGCGAGGAAGCAAGUAGUUUUGCCAGACAAGAAGCAACUGCCAAGUCUUAUUUCACGAGUGGACAAGACGGUGGUAACAAAAUUGCCAGACAUCGAGACGCUUCAGAUUGCUAAAGAUUCAGAUGAAACUUUUCUAGUAAAGUUUGAAGAAAGGACUCUUGACAGAUGGAAUCAUGAGUGCUAUAUCAGAGUUAUCUACUGUUAUUUGGCAAAGAAAGGAAGAAAGAAGGGAGUUGACUGUGUGUUCGAUGCUAUGAAGGCAUUCCAGAAAGAAGGCUUUCACUUCACUCUAACCUACUUUUGGAUCCAAUUGGUAUGGCAUGCAAUGGCUAGUGCUGGAGUUGCCACUAACACAGAAAACGAAAAGGCGGAAAUGUUUCCGUUCAGCGAACUUCUAAGGAAAAGCUGUCAAUUGGCGAAUGACAAACUUCCGCUUCAGUAUUACAGUGAGAAACUGUUGUAUCAGUCAGGCAGAGCUGAGAAGGAAAUGGUGCUGCCUGAUAAAAAGCCACUACCAUCAGUAGUGCCUUCUGCCAAGUCAAAGUGAAAUAUGAACUUGAUUUUGCUAAUUAAUCAAUUAAUGUGACUAGCAUUGGCAAACACUGUUUUGGUAUAUCAUGUAUAACUGCAAGUGUUGUAGGUAUAGUAACAUGUUGGCUAAUUUCAUACGUUUUUAUGUGGUAUCUAAGCGUGAUGAAUGUUUUCAAUUAACUGAUAUACUUGAGUGAAAUGGUAAACAGACAUCGUUGU